AUGGAGAAAACUGAGACAACCGAAACCUUCAUCAGUGAUGUUAACGACGUUAAUCAGUCAGAGGCCAUACCUGUUCCGAAAGAAGUUUCCAACUGGAAAAUCUACCUUUACUGCAUCGGUGUCUGUCUUGGUGCUGUGGCUCUUGGCUACGAUGUCUCCGUCAUGGGAGGUACCCUAAUUCUGCCUUCUUUUGAGCGAGACUUCGGUCUCGCAAACAAAACACAGCGUCAACUUGAUGAUCUUACAUCCAACAUUGUUUCUUGCUUCCAGGGAGGCAUGUUUCUCGGUGCAUUAUGCUCUUACCCCAUUUCAGACCGAUGGGGCCGGAAGUGGUGCAUCACUAUUGCCACUAUUGUCUUCUUAGCCGGCGCGUCUAUGCAAACGGGCUCGCGUGGCAUGGUCGCUCUUGUCAUGGCCGGAAGAUGCGUUGCUGGCCUCGGAAUUGGUGCUUCAGCGCCGGUGAUCCCUGUAUACAUUGCUGAGGUUUCUCCGCCUACUAUUCGCGGAAAGUUGGUUGGGUUUUAUGAGAUUGGUUCUCAAGGCGCACAGAUGCUAGGAUUCUGGGUAAACUACGCUGUCAACAAGACAAUUAGCCCAGACACCAGCACUCAGUGGAUGGUUCCCUUGGGGCUCCAACUUUUACCAGCCACAAUUCUUCUUGUUAUCCUGCCAUUUUGCCCCGAAUCACCACGUUGGCUAUGUGGAAAAGAUCAGUGGGAUAAGGCUGAACGUAUUCUUACCGACAUCCGUCAGCUUCCUCUUGAUCAUCCAUACGUCGUCCACGAACUACGCGAAAUCCGCCUUGCCGUUGAAUAUGAGGCUCAUUUGGCUGCAAAGCGCCCCGGGCUCAAAGGGAAACUUAGAGAACUAACAAGAAAGGGCAUCCGGAACCGCCUAGCCAUCGGAUUAUGUCUCAUGAUGUGCCAGAAUAUGACGGGCGUAAACAUUAUCACGUAUUAUUCUCCUCGCAUUUUCCAGACGUUGGGCAUCCAGUCUACUGACUUGAAACUUUUUGCUACGGGCUUCUACGGUGUCGCUAAGACCCUUGGAAUGGUCAUAUUCUCCUUUUGGGUUGCAGACCAUUUUGGACGUCGCAGAGGUCUUAUUUGGGGUGCAUUCGUUGGUGCGGUACCUAUGCUUUACCUUGGAGGAUACGUCAUGAAAAACGAUCCCGAGGCAGCAGCAGCAGCAGGUAGAACAAGUAUGUCUGGUUGGGGUUACCUUGCCAUGGUUUGCGUCUAUCUGUAUGGAGUGAUUUAUUGCGCAACUUGGCAGGGAAUUACUUGGCUAUAUGCUUCUGAGAUAUAUCCGCUCUAUCUUCGAUCUCUCUGCAUGGCAUUGACCAUUGCCGAUGAGAGACUCUGGUCCUAUGUUGUGUCACGUUCGACACCAUAUAUGAUUUCGGAUAUUGGUUAUGGAACUUACUUCUUCUUCGGGGCCCUAAUGGUUUGCAUGGGCUUCUGGGCCUGGUGGUGCAUUCGGGAAACCAAGAAUGUGCCUAUUGAGGAGAUGGACGCUCUCUUCGGCGCUCCACACGCCAACAUGGAAGAGCCUGAGUCCAAGUCGAUUUAG